UGGUUUAAUCAUAUCUACCGAUCACAGCGACGAAGUCAAACAUUUCUCGUUGGUAUUGGAUCAAACAAAGAUAAACACGAGCACGAUGAGCAGAUUGGCGGCGAUCUGCCUGUUGGCAGCGUGUAUCGCCUCUACUUGUGUGACUACCGCACGUGAGAUCAGUAGGGCACAUUACGACGAUCUGGAAGUAGCCGCUAGUCACCAUCAUCAUGAGAGCGGCCAUGGAGGAGAGCAUCAUUCCGGCCAUCAUCACCAUCAUGGCGGGAAAGGCGACAAGGGCUACAAGUCAGAGCAUCAUCAUGAGAAAGGAGAAAAGGGACAUCAUGACAAAGAAGGUCAUUCUGGACAUUAUCAUGAAGACGAAGGUCAUAAAAAACACCAUCAUCACGAUGAUGGUUAUUAUGGAGAACAUCAUAAAGGCGAGAAAGGAGAAAAAGGUCACGAAUUCCAUGAAAAGGGGCAUUUUGGUAAAGGUCACAGCACAAAGGGACAUCACGAGGUUCAUAAACUUGAUGAGUUUAAGAAGGAUAAGGAAUUUUACGAUGAACAUCACGAUCAUGGUCAUCAUGAGGAACAUGGUGGUCAUCAUCAUGAACAUGGACACAAGAAAGGUGGCCAUUUUAAGAAAGGACAUCAUGACCAUCAUCAUCACGAAGAUCAUUAUGGCAAGAAGGGUCAUCAUGAGAAAGGAUCUCACCAUCACGAACACAAGGGUCACAAAGGCCAUGGCGGACAUGAGGAACAUCAUCAUCAUCAUCAUCAUCAUGGCAAAAAAGGUGGUCAUGAAGAUCAUAAGCAUUGGGGAUUUAAAAAGGGACAUUAAUAUACGAAAUAUACGAAAAAUUAUAAUUUCGCUAUUAUUGCUUGUUGAGUUACGUUUAUUGACUACUAGUAUACUGCAUUGAUUAUUGUAGUGUCGACGGACAGAAUAAAACUUUUUCAAUGUAUAUAUUAA